GUGCGUUAUACUAUCUUACAGAUACACAUCAUUUAUUAUUUUUAAAACUCACUUGAAAAAAUCUUUUUAUCAUUACUUCUUCCUCUCGCGCCUCUUCGUCUAAAAAAACAUAUCCUUCAUUUUUCUCUUUCCUCUCCAUCUCUGUUUUAGCUAGCAAGAACGAUCAGAUCAAAGAUGUCUAGAGUUACCACAGAGCUAGACUUCUUCGGUCUUGAGAAGAAGCAGACCAACAACGUUCCAAAGCCUAAGUUCAAGAAAUUUCUCGACCGUCGUCGCAGUUUCCGAGAUAUUCAAGGUGCGAUUUCUAAGAUCCAUCCGGAGAUUAUCAAAUCGUUGUUAGCUUCUGGUGCUAACCAUGCAGAUUCAUCGACUAUAUCUCCUUCGGUUCCGUCUACUCCAAAGGCAGAUCAUCCUCAGAUCCCUAUUUCUCCGGUCCAAGCGCCUCUCACCAUGCAAACGGAACAUAGCUCUGGAACUGUUCCUAUGACAAUCUUCUACAAUGGAACCGUCUCCGUUUACCAAGUGUCUCCUAACCAGGCUGAUGAUAUUCUGAAGGUUGUCAUGGAAACAGCACCAAAGAAAGACAAAUCGAUUGUGAAAGAUCAUUUGAUCUUCCCAUCCAGAGGACAAGGUCACUGCAAAGGUUUCUUGAGAAGCGCAAGGAGAGGUAAUUGUUCUCCUACCAUCCAAGGGUCUAACUCUAACCCCCAAAAAAUAACAUUAAAGAUUUUUUCCUAAUCCUUUAUUUAUAAUUAUUGCAUUAAAACCAUGAAAAUGAUUAGAAUUCGAGCCUUUUUUUAGCUCAUACAACUUUCAGAUAUGCCUCUGUUAGUUCAACAAAGUACAUGCAUGUUGUUAUACGUAGAUAUCGGAGAUUGUAUAUGAGGAUAUAAGAACGUGUAGAUUAUUUGUGGCUGUAAUCAAAACGCGUUGACUUAUAGUGUCUCUUUUCUCGUGUACUUCCAAAAAUUGUCAAUUGACAAAAUGAUGAGGAAAUGAAGAGAAAUAUCGAAAGAAACUGAGCAUCUGUCGGUUUGUUUUAUUCGUAACAUACGGCCCAAGAAAGAUCUUGACGUGUUCUCAAUAAGUUACGCUAUAUAACACGUUUUCACAUUUUUCUUUUGAGAGUAUUACAUUAUAGGUUACUUUGUGGUGAACUUUAACAUGUUGAAGUACUUUUUGAUGGAGGUGUACUUUUGGACUACUUUUUGAUUUUUUAUUCCCGAAAUACCCCUGGUUGAAAGGAGAAACAAAAAGUAAAUACUAGUUACAAAUCAAUUAAAUAAAAAUUGACCGAACUAGAAGGUGAAAAGUAGUUUAGUUUCGUACCUUUUUUUUAUUGUACUAUUAGUAUAUUAUUUUACCCUUCCAUUUGUGUUCUGUUAAUUUUUUGUUGUUUAAAUAUAUAUAGCUAAUUUAUUUAAUAUAAUAAAUUGUAACUUUUUAUUCUCUAUGUUAUAACAUCCAAUUUGAUACUCCCUCUGUUUCAAAAUAGUUGAUGUUUUGGAUGAAUGCACAAGAAUUAAGACAUACACAUUUUCCUAAAAAGUGACACUAAAAAUAUUAAAUAAAUCUAAUCCAGUCAAUCAUCAAAAAUACUAUAAAACAUUAUUGGUCACCCAGUUUUCAAUGAACUUUAAACUAAUUAAAAAAUAUCAAACAUCAUGUAUUUUGAAACAUCAAUAACUCUUCAAAACAUCAUCUAUUAUGAAACAGAGGGAGUAUAUAUUUUUAAUUUUAAUAUUAUACUGAAAAUAUAUGUAUCUAAAAAUUGUGGAUGAGGACAAGACUUGUGGUCAAGUAGUUUUGUGGUUAUGGUCAAUUAGUUUUAUGGUUAUGUAUGUUUGAUUUGAAUUGAUUGAUAGAUGUGGACGCAUGAAACUGGUCAAGCAAUAUGAAUUUUUUUUUGGAACAGUGGUAGUGGUGAUAGUGUACGUUGUGGAGAUGUAGAUCCGAUAGUUAGACGAUAGGAGCUUCGAAAAGGGGAGAUGUGGAUAGAGUCGAUGUGGUCAUGAAUAGCAGAUGAAAAUCAUAAAAAGGGUGAUAUGGUCAUGAAUAACAGUUGAAGAAUAGUGAAGAUAUUGUUGACUUUGGUUAGGAAUGAUGUGGUUAGAAGAAAAGUGAAGAUAUUGUUUAACUUUGAUUGGGAUAAAUUGUAAAACUGAAAUAGUAGGGGUAGAUUGAUUGAACUGUGCUGCACAUUUUAAAAGUUGAGAUAAAUUUAUGAAUAUCCAAAAUUUGGAGGAUCCAAUCUGCAAAUAUGGAAAAACCACCAUUGUUAUGCUCGAUCCUUCUUCUCUUCUGAUCUGGUUGAUGACGACGGUUCCGGUGGCCACCACAACGGAAGAGCUGACCACGGAGAGGACGAGGCCACUUGGACAGAGAUAACAUGGUUUUGGUGGCUUCAAAUCAAUAUCGAUUUUGUACCACUGCGAAGAAGCUUGAGCCGCGACGGUGAGUUCCAUGACGAACUCGACAGACGGUUGCAGGUAAUUGAAGACUCGACAGAGCACGACUUCGAGGUUACUCUGGUGCUGAGGAAGUUUCAUCAAGAUUCAGUCCAUGUGUCAGAGGUGUCGGUGUGUAGGGUUUGAAUCUGGUGAAAGGGAUAGUGAGGAGGUGUUUCGAUAAGUUAAAGUUUACUUUUUGGUGGUAUUUUUAUUUUAAACGAUAUAAUAGUCUUCAACUUUAACUAAA